CGUAGUGCUCACCACGCCUCUUCAGACCUUAUCCCCUGGUCAGCUGCUGCUCUUCCAACAUUGAUUUACAGUUUGUAUUAAAUGUAACUUUCUCUCACCAAAUAGGUAAAUGCGAGGAAGCGAGAGAUACUUAUGAGCGUUUGUUCUGAACAACAUCAGCGUUUGACCUCUGUUGGGCAAUCGCUUGUUGUUUAACACAUGCAUAGUUGGCUACGUUAGCUAUUGUUGGCUAACUUACUGUCAGGCACAGUUAGAUAUAUCAGCUUAAUGUGUAGCCUGUAGUGUUAUCACUUAUCAGCAAAUUUGAUGAUGUGGUUUAAUAAGUUCAGUGUAUUUGCAAAAGGUUACCAGAUGAGAGCAUGUUUAGCCAGAUUACCAAUUUAUUUAAACUCAACAAUAAGAGUGGCACCUGCACUCUGCAGACUACAGCAUCGCACCUUCAGCUCUAAACCUGCAGGUGUCAAGGUGCUGUAUGAUGGGCAAUGUCCCAUAUGUGUCCAAGAGAUCCGGUUCCUUCAGUUUAUGCAGACAAACAGGCCUGAGAAAGUAGAUUUUAUUGAUAUCUCCCUGACAGACUAUGAUGAAGGGAAAUACAAGGGUGUCAGCUACGAGAUGGCCAUGGAGGAAAUGCAUGUGAUUGAUGAAAAUGACAAGGUUCACCGUGGAAUCCCAGCGUUUUCAGUCAUGUACAGUGCAGUGGGGUUCGGCUGGUUGGGUCGCUUCAUGAUGUGGUCACCUGUGAGACCCUUCAUGGAAAACUGCUACGACAUCUUUGCUAGGAAUCGCUUAAAGUGGACUGGACGUGGGGAGGAGUGCACCAAAGGACGCUGUGAAAAAAAAAAAGAGAAUGACUCCUGAGCACAGAAAAGUGGAUUCAGUUAUUUAAUGUAUCCUAGAGAACAACUGCAUAAAUACGUAUUCUUUAACAAUCAUUUUAUUAUGAACCUAUCUAUAAAUGUUGAAAGACUGUUCUGUGAAGGGAAAUAUUGGCUGCCUUAUUAAAAGUGUGUGUUGUGAUGCCAAUGCAAAAUUCUGUGACUUGUAACACUGUAAGUUUAAUUAAACAUACUUCAGUUUUCAUCCAUGAUGAAAACAUGAACUCAUUAAAAAUGGCAUUAAAUGCUUAUAUUAAAAAAUCUAAAAGGAAAAACACAA